AUGUUUGCUGCCACUGAAGCAGUUCCGAAACGCGGCCGGGCGGAGCAGGAUGCUCUCCAGGAUAUCCAGCCGGGACGGAGCUCGACUCGAUGGUUCGGCGCGGGCGGCGGGGCGCUCUGGGCGGCCGCGCCGCUCUCUAUGGUGCGAUGGGAGGAGCGGCGGGGCACGGCGGGCGGCUCCGGCCCGGCGGUCCUGGAGCCUUCGGCGAGCACCAUGUCGGCUUCAAAAGAAAAUGUCAGCUUACUGUUCAAGCUGUACUGCCUGACAGUGAUGACCCUGGUUGCUGCCACGUACACAGUGGCACUGCGGUACACCAGGACAGUGGAGACAGAACUCUACUUUUCAACGACAGCUGUGUGUGUUGCAGAAGUUAUCAAGUUGGUCCUGAGCGUGGGCAUCCUGGCUAAAGAAACUGGAAGUCUGACAAGGUUAAUGACAUCUUUAAAAGAAAAUGUAUUUGGAAGCCCUAAAGAAUUGCUGAAGUUAAGUGUUCCAUCUGUGGUGUAUGCUCUCCAAAACAAUAUGGCAUUCGUGGCUCUUAGCAACUUGGAUGCUGCAGUCUACCAGGUGACAUACCAAUUGAAGAUCCCUUGUACAGCUUUAUGUACGGUCCUGAUGCUGAACCGUACCCUUAGUAAGUUGCAGUGGUUCUCUGUCUUCAUGCUGUGUGUUGGUGUUACCCUUGUACAGUGGGAGCCUGCUCAGGCUACAAAAGUACAGGUGGAGCAGAACCCAUGGCUAGGGUUUGGAGCAAUUGCUGUGGCAGUGUUGUGUUCAGGAUUUGCAGGAGUUUAUUUUGAAAAGGUGUUAAAAAGUUCAGAUACUUCCUUGUGGGUGAGGAACAUUCAGCUGUACUUAUCUGGGAUUGUGGUCAAUUUAUUUGUUGUAUACAUGUCAGAUGGAGCCAAAGUUCUUGAGAAAGGGUUUUUCUAUGGCUACACAUAUUACGUCUGGUUUGUCAUCUUUCUGGCCAGCGUGGGUGGCAUCUACACCUCGGUGGUUGUUAAGUACACAGAUAACAUCAUGAAAGGCUUUUCUGCAGCGGCGGCCAUUGUUCUGUCUACUGUGGCAUCAGUCAUCCUCUUUGGCCUCCAGAUAACUGUUACCUUCUUCCUGGGUGCUCUCCUGGUGUGUAUUUCUAUUUACCUCUAUGGAUUACCUCGACAAGACACCACUAAAAUCCAGCCCUCAGAAACUAAGAGCUCAAAAGAGAGACUUGCUACUGUGUGA